AUGGAUUCCGAUGCGAAUCCGGAGGACGACGAAGUCAUACACAUUGCGACCAAUUCCUUCACUAAUGGCGCAAGACUUCAACCAACAACACUGCGAAAGCAAUUUAAACUGAUAGAGCAUCGGCGGAAAGUCAGGAAGGGAACACCUAUCCAUUUACCCUCUACCAACAAGACAGCGUCAGCGAGCCAAAAGCGACCCGCAACUAUAAGUAGCGGAUCUCAACUCCAUCCUUUGUUACCUGAAUCUAGCCGCACCACUCUUCUUCCUUCUAACCUUAACAAAAUUGUGGGGUCAACUUCCAAGCAUGCUGGUAAUGAAACCUCUGUUAAUUGGCGGCCUAGCUUCUCUCUUUCUGUUACAAAUGCGGAUGCUCCCAUGUCUCGAAAUACUAUUACGACGAAUAAGUUGGAUGAAACAAGCAACCACAGUAACGAAACAAGAAAGGCGAAAAGGAACUCAAUGGUGGAGAUAUCUAGUGAUGAGGAUGAUCGACCAGCACAAAAGGAUUUGCACACCUAUGGGAAGAAAAAUGUAGUUGAGAAGCCUAGUAUGCCAGUGAGGCGCAACUCUAUUAAGCGAAGAAACGGAGCAGAUGCUGGGCCAUCUGCUAUCUCAAUGUCCAAAAAACGACGAUCAAGUUGGGAUGUACGAAGCAUCGAAUCGAAGCAAGACCAAAGCAGCAUGUCGCGACAACCUGCUUCAGCAUCCAAUACCACGAGCGAUACUGUUAACAACGAUAUAGCAGUUUUACCAUCGCUUUCAUUAAGCAACAUAGUAUGCGACGGAAAAAGAGUUCCAAGCUCGCCUUCCCAAGUUCAGAAAAUGUUCAUCACCAAAAACAAUGAAAUAGCUCUAAGAUCUCAAAGCAAAGAAAACAAAUUUGAGAAAAAUGUACCUCGCCGUACUAUCCGUACACUGGAGUAUUACGCUGGAAAUUCGAGUGGAUUACAUAUGAAAUUGGAAGAUGAAACCAGAAUUACUGUUGUACUUUCACCAAUUAUAGAAGCAAAUGAAUUUACACGAUUUCUUACAUCCUUGAAACUGGAUAGCUUUUGCAUUGCGCCAUUUGAGAAGGCUGAAUGGGAGAAGAUUGUUGCUAGCGAAGGACUUCCAUUGUUCACAAACAAGCGAACACAUGAUGCUCAUAAAGAAGCCAAUUUGCCGGAGGAUAAUACAUCAAAAGAAGAGACCUUAUCUCAAGCUGUACUGCCUGAAAAUACUGGCGCUGAUGAAACAUUAUUUGUUUAUCCCUUUACUGGCUACGGAGGUAUCACUGUAUCAAAAGCUGACGAAGCGCGACUGGAUGAUGGUGAAUUUUUAAAUGAUAACAUAAUUGAUUUCUACAUGAAAUGGAUUUUGGACCAACUUCAUAACCGCGAUCCCGAACUAGCAAAGCAAGUCCACAUCUUUAACAGCUUCUUUUAUAAACGCUUAACUCAGCGUAACCGGAACUCAAGGAAGGAGGAAACUGUAUAUGACCGUGUCAAAAAAUGGACAGCAAAGAUGAACUUGUUCGAUAAAAGCUAUGUCUUUAUUCCCAUUAACGAGAAUUGGCACUGGUACUUAGCUAUAAUAUGCAAUUUGAAAAAGAUGAUACCACCUGAUGUAAUUGGAUCUGAAGAUGUGAAGGAGGAGGUACUGCUUGCCAAAGACACUGCCGCUGAUGCCUGCAAUAGCAAUCCAAACCUGGAGCAGAUUGGCAACGAACACACACGAUCACCAAUGGAUCUGGACAAGCCCAAUGAUACCCAGAUCCGACCUACAUCUCCCCCAGCUUCUGAAUCGGUUUAUGACUCGGUAAAGAGGCCCAAUUUGCGAUCUAGUGAUAGCCCAGACGACACAGGCUCUUCACCAAAUAGCCCUUGGAUAUUUUUGCUGGACUCUUUAGGAAACCGCCAUCCUAAAUCAUUUCAAUGCUUACAACAAUACCUAGCAGCCGAAGCGAAAGAAAGGAUGAACGUAGAUUUAGACCGAGCAGGCUUCUUCCUGUCAGAUCCGCGAAAAUACUUGACAUUGUUAUCUGGCAAGCGCGAUCAGCAGCAAGAAUGGGCACCAACAGAAGCGCACGACAAGCGCCAAAAAAUUCGGCAAGUCAUUCAUGAAACAGCUGAGCUACACAAAUCUAUGUCGAAAUAA